GUCGCCAACGGCGGAGCGCGACGUGGCGCAGCGGGUCACGUGGUCGCCGCGGCCAGGCCCCGCCCCCUCCGGCAGAGCGGCGGCCGAGGCGACGACGGAGACGAUGGCGGUCAGCACCGGGUCCUCGCUGGUCCUCUCUUCCCUCCUCACCCUGUUGCUCUUUGCCGGGAUGCAGAUGUACAGUCGGCAGCUGGCUUCUUCCGAGUGGCUGACCAUCCUGGGCGGAUUCCUGGGGUCGGUCCUCUUCAUCUUCUCCCUGACCGCCUUCAACAAUUUGGAGAGUGUGGUGUUCGGCAAGGGAUUCCAGGCAAAGAUAUUCCCGGAAAUCACGUUCUGCCUGCUGCUGUCUCUGUUUGCCUCCGCGCUGAUCCACCGAGUCUGCGUCACCACCUGCUUCAUCUUCUCAAUGAUCGGCCUGUACUACCUCAACCGUCUGUCGGCGGCCCUGUACCAGGUGGCCCCCCCGCCCCCCCUCGUCACCAAGGCGCCCAAGAAGAAGAAGAACUGAGGGUCCGUCCCUGCCCCGGGGGCGGGUGGGUAGGGGAGGAGCAGGCACGAGGCGGGGCGGAGGGACGCUUGGCUUCGAGGUCCGGGACCCCGCUCGGUCCCCACUGUCUGUGUGUCCAUGGGGGAAUAAAGAAGGGUUUGAUUUGUC